ACCCGAAGCCCGGCUUGGUCAAAGAAGAGGGGAAGGCGAGAGGACUAGCUAACCACGGUAUCAGAUCUCCCUUCGCCUAGAAGGGCCAUCCCCAGAUCCUCCUGCGAUGAGAAGGGUUUCUUCUUCUUUGACGCGAUCGCCACCGGGGAGAUCGUGAGGACAACGAGCGAGGAGAUCGUUCGACAAUCAGGUGCCCGCGUCUCAUCUUCGGUCCACGAAUCGAAUCAGGAUAUCCUUUUGUUUGUCUCCUACAUCGGGAAUAACCUGUUGGAUGCAUCAUAACCAUAUGCUUCUCCGCCUAUGAUGAAACGCUUUGUCUACAUCAAUGAUGAUUCUUCCCAGGAUCUAUACUGUGACAACCGGAUAUCUAACAGAAAGUAUACGUUAUGGAACUUUCUCCCUAAGAAUUUAUGGGAACAAUUCAGGCGGUUCAUGAAUCAAUACUUUCUGCUUAUUGCCUGCCUCCAGCUAUGGUCACUUAUUACUCCUGUGAAUCCUGCAAGUACUUGGGGUCCACUUAUCAUUAUCUUUGCUGUAUCUGCAACAAAAGAGGCAUGGGAUGACUAUAAUCGUUAUCUUUCAGACAAGCAAGCAAAUGAGAAGGAAGUAUGGGUUGUAAAGGAUGGUAUACGUAAACAUAUUCAAGCACAAGAUAUUCAUGUUGGUAAUAUAGUGUGGCUACGAGAGAACGAUGAAGUACCUUGUGAUCUUGUUUUAAUUGGAACAUCUGAACCACAAGGCAUCUGCUAUGUUGAGGUAACCAACUUAGCAUAUGGCUCUUCUUCAAAUAUUAAUUUUCUUCUUCUUCAUUGAUUACAAUUUGGUGAAUUUGUACAAAAUGGACUAUAACACCACUUUGGUAGUUUAUUUUCUUGAGGAACAAACACAGAGUCUGAAACCUUCAUGAAUGUUGUUAUUCAUCAGUCAUUUUAGGCGGCAUACUAUUAUAGACUUUCUUUUAAAUAUAAUUAGUACAAUAGCUGAGAAUACAUCAGAAAGUUUACUCGAGCAAAUAAAUAAGUGUUCCUAUUCUGGAUGAGUGGGUAUCCAUGCAUUCUUUUUUCAUAUAAUCAAAUUGCAAUCCACAUGGAUAGAGCAUUGGUUGGCAACAUACUCUACAACAGAAGUAUAUACUCUGACCAUGGAUUAUUGGAAAUGAGCACUCCAUGUCCUGCCAUCAUGAGUGGUACAAAGAUACAAAUAAACAUGCAUGAACUUUGCUUCACAAUGAUUGGAAAUGUGACCUAACAAGCCUGCAUCAAGACAUGGCAUGGGACAUGGUGCUGGUGGCUGGUUGGCUUGAGCACAUAGGCAAUGUAAAUUCGUACUAGGGCCUAGGUGCUAGGCAGACUGUUCAAUAUUAACAACUAAAGAUUUUAGUUUCUUAAAUAUGGCAGGUGAACAUACUUUGUGCUGUUUUGGGUUUUUUCUUCGGUUUUAGGAACUACAUAUGCACUUGUUUCUUGCUUGCACUUGACAAAUCUUCUCUUCUUGACAUCAUCAUUGAUGUGCAUGGUUGUUUGUAAGUGCAUACUAUUAUGGCAACAUAUGUUAUAUAAAUGCAUGCAAGGCCUGCAUAUGACCUAAGACGUAACAACAAAAAUAUGUAACACGGAAUAACAUCAUGCUAGGAACCGACUAGCAGUAGAUAUAGGUGAUGUGUUGAUUUUUGUGACUUUAACCCUAAGCACUGAGGCAUUGUAUUAUCUCUAGCAAUGUAGGCUCGGAUGACUGGGAUAUUAGGAUGC